AAACGCAUGAAAAUGUAGUCCAUGACAAAAUCAUCUAAUUUCGCAUAAAAUGAUGCUGUCGAGCAAUGACCGUUAUGAUGAGCGUGCAUUUAGAACCAGAGUCCCUUGUAUACUUCUACCUGGAAGCCAAGUGUAUAUAUAUACAUGUACAUGUAAAGCCAUAUAUAUUCUAUUCUAAAUGAUCAUGGAUGCUUUACGAAAGUGUUUACGCUUGAAGAUCACAUCUGUUUUGAGGCAACGGAUCUUAACCAAGAGAUUUUGGUCGUCAAAGCCUCCGGCAUCACUGACUUCUUUAAUUAAUUCAGCCUUAGCGGACUACAAGGACUUGCAGCUUGCGCCAUUGAAGAUAAAAAGUUGCAGUAUAGGUGGCAGUUUUUCAAGAGCACAUCUUGAGUAUGAAUUGAUAACCGUCAAAGACAACAAUGACUUAGUUCUGUGCGAGAAUUUUUCUAAUAUUUAUUCACAAGGAUUUAGUGCAUUGCGUCAAUCUGUGGGCAAUGUUGGUGUUGGAUUCUUCGACUCGCCCACAGGGAAUGAAAAUGGUUAUUUCUAUGCCCUUUCUGCGUUGAGAAAUUUCCUCAUAGAAUUAGAUCACCAUGAGAUGUGUUUAAAGCAAAGAAAUCCAUAUGGAGAUGCAUUUGACAAACAGACAGAGGUUGUUGUGGCAGUUCUAUUAACAAAUCAUCUUCUGUCUCGCCUUGUAUAUGGUAACAGAUAUCUUAUAAGCAAUGACUACAAAGGACGCCCAGUCAAAUGCCCAUGUCUAAAGCCAUUAGAUUGUGCAUCCCUUAUAAAUUAUGGACAAACGGGACUUGGAUGUGAGGAAAUUUGGUACGGACAUCCUGAUAUAGUUUUGGUGCCUCCACGCUUUUCAUACAUACCACUCUGCUUUAUUGGUGAUGAUCCUGAAGAUGAAUUGCAAGAGGAUGAAGGCAUUCUCACAAAAGAUUGCCUGCAGGAGAACUGUAGGUCUACUGACAUAUGUGAAGUUAAAGGUGCAAAAUUGAUCUUUGAAAAAUGUGCUGAGCAGAUACUCAGUCAAGCUAUUACAUUUUCUUUUUGUGAAGCAAAUGCUGCUUAUGCAGAUGGUAAAGGAUUAUUUAGUCCUACACUGGUGCCUUCAUUGGUUUUAACUCCUCUUCAUUAUUACAUUGUGAUGUAUGAUUAUGAAAAUGACAUAUUGUUAAGUAGUGGACAUCAACCUGCAUCAUUGUGGGAUGAAAGUGGAGUGAGAUUCAACUUGUCGGCUAUUUUGCAAAUUUGGAUGGUUCUCAAUCACUGCUUUUUUGGCCCAAAAUUAAAUGAUACACUUCUGAAAGACUUUUCCCAAAGUUGUAACUUUCAUAAAAUAUUGAAAGAGCUGCAGGUGUUUGACAAAACAAAGGAUAUUUCUUACAGCCCAUCAUUUAGACAAAAAGAAACAAGUAAAGCAAAAACAAAAAAACAUUUCAUGCUUUAUUCAGAAUAUAUAAAAUUAGAUAAAUGAAAUAGUGAAAAAUUCCAAUUUUGAUAAGACAUACUUAAAACCUGGUUCUUAAGGUAUCCCAUCCAUAAAAGGACCCAAUUUUCUAAUCUUAAAUAUCCAUCCUGUAUUAAAUACUCAGAAAUUAAUUCAAAGCAUUUUAGAGUAGAAAAGGAUUUACCAGGAGAAAUUUUCAAAGAUAUAAUUACCUAAGCAGUAAUUAAUUAAUGAAGAAUGCAUUGAGGUCUAUGGGGACAAGCAAAUUUUUGAUUAAUUCUAAGAAUAUCAAGAAAUGCUGUGGUGGAAAGAUGUAUUUUAUUAUUAGGAAUAGAAAAACUUUUUUUUCCAGAUAGAUUUUUUUUUAGAAUUGAUUUAUAUUGAUUAAAAGCAAAGGGGGAUAACUCUUCAAGGACAGGACAAGGUCAAAAAUUAGGACACAUUCGGCUCUUACAUAUUGAUACUAAAACAUGAAGAUUAUGUCUACAUAUACUGAGUAUUCAGCUAAUAUAUAUCUGUUAUGCAUUCAGAUUUAUUGAAUCUGAGGCUAUUAUGGAUCGGAUACCUUAAACAAACUUGGUUGUUAUGGCAGAAAAGCCUGCUGCUCAGCUUUUAACAAUCCUCUUUACACUGGACCUUAAUUUCAGGAUACUUUCGUGUAGUAAGACUGACCCACCAUUGGACAUAAAAAUAUAUUAAGUUGUAAUCUGCAGUGUAUGGCAUGAUUUAAAGUAAAUCUAAGUAUUCUAACCAUUAUUUAGGACCAAGAUCAUGAAGAUACAGUAGUUAACUUUAUCAUCAUAUAUUUUCUCCUUUUGAGUAAACAGAAGCAAUUUUUCUUUAUCAUUAAUUCAUUUUCUUUAAAGAUUUCUCCUGGACAUAAAAAGGCACUCUUUCUAUACUAAAAAUGAACUAGUAAAUUUCAAAAUAUGCUCAUUUAUGCCAUAUAUUUUUCUAAGUCCAAAAAACAUUUUUCAUCAGAGUACACUAUAAAGAGGGUCGUUUAAAUUUCUUCCAAAUCUCCUUGAAGCUUUUUGUACAAAAAUUUAAUUUGCAUGAUCAUGAUGAUGGCAUAUGCUGUGUUAGUUAACUUGAGCUUAAGGUGCAGAUAACCUCUGAUCAAGUUGUCACCUGUCCAUCUUUCUGCCUGUCAUCCCAAGGACUACUGAGAUAGAAAACAUAAACUUAUUUGAAAACUUUCUUACCUAGUGUUGAUUAAAAAACAGACUAAAGAAUUUUCAUCCCCCCCCCCCCCUUCACUCAAAUUUUGUCCAUCUGUCUGUCAAUCUAUCUGCAAAAACUUUAACCUUGUCCAUUACUUUUUGAGUGAUGGGAGCUAUUGCUUUCAUAUUUCACAUGUGUUUUUCUUGUGAAAAGACCAUUUUUGAGUUACAACGUAUUUUACCUCUAGACCUUGGAUUUUAACCUACUUUUGCAAAAAUUUCACCAAACUUUAACCUUGGCCAUAAAUUGUAAAGGGUUGGUGCUAGGGCAAUCAUAAAGUCAAAUGUUGACUGAAGUUUUUGAUACUAAAUGUUAGGCCAUUAUUUACACACUGAAUUGUAGACGGAUUUUUCCAUUAUUUCCCAAUCAUGACAAAGAGCACACAGCUGGUGUAACCCGUUGACAGGUGAUGCUCACUCCUCCAUGGCACCUGAUCCCACCUCUGAUGAUUUAAAGGUCCCUGUUUGCUCUGCUCCUGAUUUCUAUUGUUAACAUGGACUUUUAAGAUUGUUUGUUAUUUCCAUAAAUUUCAUAUGUCACAUGUAUAUUUCUUGUGACAAAACUUUCCCUUGGGUAUUAGCUUUUGACCUUGAUGUUUUACCUGCUUUUGAAAAAAAAAAUUAAACCUUGGCCAUAACUUUAAAUUGUUGGUACUAAGGAUAUCAAAUUUCACAGGUAUAUUUCUUGUGACAGGACCUUCCAUUGGCUGCCAAUUAUUCUGACACUUUGACCUUGGAGUUUGAGUUACUUUUGUAAAACUAACCUUGGCUAUAAAAUUUGAAUGAAUUUUGUGCCAGGGUUUUAAUAUUUCACAGAUUUAUUCCUUCUGACAAGACCUGCCCAAACUUGCCACAAAGGAUUCUUGAGUGAAGGGGAUUCAAGUUUGUUCAAAUGAAGGAGCACAACCUCUUUUAAGGGAAGAUUACUAAGAAUUGGAGAAAAUUUGGUGAUUUUUUUUUAAAAUUAGUUAAAUUACUCUCAACAGCUAUGGGGCAAAAAAGAGUUAUGCGAAACCUCCCUUACAUAGCAUAGAUUCAAGUUUGUUUAAAGAAUGAGUUCUGGGAGUAAGGUAGGGCCUGAAAAGGAGAUCUAAGUUUUACAAAGGAUUAUAUAGGAAAACAAUCUUUAAAAAUCUUCUCAAGUACAACAAAGCCAUGAUUUUUAUUAAUAGGGAAGCAUUCUCAGAUAGUGUAAAUUCAGAUACAUGUAUGAUCAAAACCUGACAUCCCCAGGGGUAGGAUUGGACUACAGUUGGGGAUCAAAGUUUUACAUAAGAAUAUAUAGAAAAAUCUUUAAAAAUCUUCUUCUUAAAACAGCAAAACCUGUUUAUUUAUAUUCAUAUUGAAGUAUCCUAAAGCAAUGUAGAUUCAAGUUUGUUCAAAUCAAGACACCCCCCCCCCAUUUCUUGCUGGUAGUUAUAGGAUGGGGCCACAAUUUGGGAUCAAAGUUUUACAUUGGUUUAUACAGAAAAAAAAUCUUUAAAACUUGUCUUAAACACAAAAGUCAUGAUUAGUCAUACUAAUAUGGAAGCAUCCUCAGGUAGUGUAAUUUUUUUUUUCAAACUUGACCGGGGGGGGGGGGGGCACAAUGGUGGAUCAAAGUUUUACUUAAAAUUUAGGAAAACAUGUGGAAGAACAGGACUGUAUUGACUUAGGUAAGCAUUGUUUCCCAUGGGCCUUGUCUUUGAGUACCAAUAUUUCAAUCCUUUGACCACCUCAGAGUUUGACUUGCAUUUGAGAAACUUUAACCUUCACAAUCAGCUACUCGUUUCACAUAAGGGUCAGAGUUUCACAAACAUAUCUUGUUUUCUCUGAAAUAAAAGCCCAUGAUUAGUCAUAUUAAUUUUCACAUGUCCUCAGACUGUGUAGCUUUUUUUUUAAAUUGUAACCCUUAGUGAUAUAAUGACGCCACAUGAUGAGAUCAAAGGUUUGCAUUGGAAAUGUAGGAAGAAAUAUUUUAAAAUAUGCUUUAGAUCUUUUGAAGAACAGUAGGGGUAUAAUUUGUUUGUCAUCAAGAUCAUAGCCCCAUGGGUUAUAGAUGGCAAUGGUAAGAGAUCAAAGCUUUAAAUGGCAAUAUUUCAAAACCUGAAAAGUCAAUAGGUAUGUUCUAAUAAUUGGGGCUUUCAGCAGUUGAAUUGUUUACCAAUGUCUCAGGUGAGUGUUGUAGCCUUAAGAUCUCAUUGUUAAGUUUGUGUUGUAUUCAUUUUAUCACUAUUUAUUUAAAUUCUACGAUGAUUUUUUUCUUAUUUUUAUUUCGUUUUAUGUUGCUUCUUCCAUGAUAUUUUUUUUUCAAGUUAACCUUACCAUUAUUUUUUCACAUUAAAAUAUAACAAAGAACAUGAUGAACUUAAAAAUAUUUUCAUUGUCUUCCAUUGAUUAUUUAUGUUUGACUAAUUGAAGGCAUGGAGUUUCUAAUGAGGAUGAUAAGUAAAACAACAGAAAAGAAAAUGCACAAAUAUUCUCUUUAAAAUUGGUCAAAGGUUGACAAAUGUUUGCUUAUGGCAUUAAAAGUUGAAAUCUGAACAUAUUUUUUCCCCAUUCAACCUGAUAACUUUUGGCAAAAUUUUAUUAAUUUGUUGAUGAUAUACUGAUUUUAAUUCUUUUUUUAUGCACUCAUGUGAUAUUUGAGGGAUAAAUAGAUUAUUGUUAUUUAUGUAUUACAUUCAGCUCAAUUUUAUUUGCUGUAGUAUGGAAAUGAAAUUCAGUUAGAACCAGGAAACUUAUGAUAUCAAUGUCAAUUUAUAAAUAUUAAUUGUACAUAUUCCAUA